UGAUGUUGUAAUGAACGAAGUAUGCUUUUGAAGUAUUUUUUCCUCAAACUGGAUUUAAAAGGUGCUUUAAAAUGACUGCAGAAAGUGAUAGGUUUGCUCUGACAGCUGAGCAAUAUUUAGGUGAGUAAAAGACACAAGCUUGUGGAGCAGAAUGCACAAGCUUUGAGCUCCUUUGAAUUUUUAAAAGUUGGUCCCGGGCAGUUAGAAUUUUAGCAGGAAUGCACGAGACAGCGAUGAGCUCAUGAAGUGUCGUUUUUUUUUUUUUUAGCAAAGUACCAUGUGCUGACAUACCUUCAGGUGAAAUGUGCUUCCAUGUUUUUAAUUAAUUGAUAUACAGUACAGUUCAAUAGGGACAUUCCAUUUCUUUUGAUCCGCCCACCCCCUAACGAUAUAUAUAGCGGGUUUUUGAAGAGGGGUGGUCGGAUUUUUUCCUCAAAACGGCCCCCAAAAUUGUACCCUUCUCCAGACGUUACUAAUCGAUGAUGAACGACUUCAAUGAGUAAUCGGUGAGUAAUCAUUGGGUAAUCAACUGAUUAGUCAUUGAUUAUUUGCUAUAAUCAAUGGGUAAUCGAUGACUAAUCAAUGGCCAAAAAUUUUGUGGCCUAUUGAUUACUCAUCCCUGACAUCGAUUAGUCAUUGAUUUCACAUCUCAUACAAGCUGGUCAUGAAGAAGUAGCCAGGGGAUUUAAGACAGUCAGAUCAAAUGGAGAAAUAUUUUAAAUGAGUAAUAAUGAUAAUAAUAGUUGACUUGAGUUUUCAAAACAUUUGCAGGAUGCAGUUGCCCAGCUAUUGGAACAUAAAGAAGAGAAUCCAAGGGUCAUUCCAGCUCGCUUUCUCAGUGACUAGUAUGUUAAUAUGUUUUAUCUUUCUCUGUGCUCUUUAAUAGGUAAACUACAGUAAACACAGGCGGUCCAAACUCACGUUGCGAGGGAAGGGUGUAAUGUAAUUUAGAUACCAUAGAUGAUGCGCCGGUGUCGCAUUACAGGCCACCCUUGAAAAUAUAACAGACUUUGUUUGGAAAAUAUAUUACUGAUAUCUGCGCACACUAAAGAGCGCUAAACCUUACUUUUUCUUACAUGAAAUGAAUAAAAAAGACUUACCUGCAAUGUAUUCCUAAAGAAAACCAGACAUUGUUGGGAAAGGAGAGUAGUGUUAUAUGAGUACAAUAAAAAGCGCUAACCCUUCCUUUUUCUUAAAUGAAAUGAAUAAAAAAAAAUUACCUGCAAUGUUUUCCAAUAAUUUUUGGUGUCUGUUUGUCGUUUUUUUUUUUUUUUUGGCUUUAUUGUGUAACCACUGUUACUCCUUUCAUAAAAUGAAGUGAAGGCUGGUCACUUCGAUCUGUCGGGGUCCUGGACCAAUGGCAACAAGAAUGCCAUUUUUUUCACCGAAAUUCAAAUCCGCUGCCAAUUUUUCUGGUCCAGCCCAAGAGGGAAACCUCUUCUUCCUCUCUGGGAGAUCGGCUCAAAAAAUGAUCCAUAAUUUCCCAAUCAAAUCGAGCCAUUUGUGCUGGACUUGGAGGCACGUCUGGCUUUUGUCCAGUGCCUGUGGCCACUGUUGGGCUUACCAACUAAUUUGCAUUAUGACAAUUAGCACUUGCAUGACGGGUGUGGCAUUCACUUUUUCACAGUGCAAGAGCCUAGUUGACAUGUCAUUUCCGCCCUUGCACCCGUUGUGUAAGUGCUAAUUGUCAGAAUGCAAAUUAGUUGGUAAGCGCAACAGUGGUCACAGGCAUUUCUCAUUCUAAGUCUCUUAUCGGGCCUGGUCUCUUAUAUUUUCAGUGGUCGCCUGUAACGCGACACCAGCGCGUCACCUAUGGUAUGUAAAUUACAUUACACCCUUCCCUCGUAACGUGAGUUUGGGCGGCCUGUGCAGUAAACACCCGCUAAUGAGAACCUGUGGAUUAAAACCUCCUGGCAGAAAUUUACCACUUAAAUACCUUUUUUGUCAGACCUCAAAAAAAGUAGGUCCUUAUUAGCGGGUGUUAACACUUGUACUGUAUUUUCACUGCUUUUCUCUUGUUGUGCAGAUCUUUUAAAGGUUAGCGGUUGCGAUGAUUAUUUAUCUGGGGAGUUGUUUAUUAUGUUUGCAGGGGGAAGGAGCAUAAAUUUAGAAAGCUGUCCUCUAGGACAGAAGAUAAAAGGACAAAAGUAUCAUCAAAGCUUAGCUUAGCUUAGCAUGUAGUAACAUGUAGCAUGUAGCUUAGCUUAGCAUGUAGUAAAUUAAAAUUUGUAACUAUUGGGUAAAGUUGAAAAUGUUUGGGGUGGCUGUUGUGUGAGUGUGCAAGCUGGAGCUUUGUUUUUGGGUCAGCCUGUUUUGUUAGUCCCAAAAGUUGUCUCAGCGAAAAAUACAAGAAAAGAAGACAGUAGACAUCAGAGAUCAGAAAAAAGUCAGGCUUACAGACAAGAGAUAGAAGACAAGCACUGCUGACACCACACAGAAGACAGAAGAUGGAAGAUUAAAAACACCAGACAUCAGACAGAAGACGCUAGAGCAAAAGACAGAACAUGAUGAGGGCUGUGCUCUAGCAGAGCCCAGUGGCCUCUGACACCCAACUUUCCUCCUGGGUGACUAGAAAAUCUCAGAUUUUUCAUACAAAUCAUAUGCUGGACACCCUAGAUUUUACAGGUUCUGAGCACUGGGCACCCUUCACUUUUCCUUAGAGCACAGCCUUGAUGAUAGACAGAAGACACUAGACACUGGACUCCAAACUUCAAAGCAGAAGAGAGAACAUGGAAGAUAGAAAGCACCAGACAGCAGACAGUCGAGCAGAAGACAGAAAAUGAUAGACAGAAGACACUAGACACCAGAACAGGAGACAGAACACGGAAAACAGAAAAAACAGAAACCAGACAGCAGACAGUAGAGCAAAAGACAGAACACGAAAGACAGAAGACUCCAGAAACCAGACAGCAGAUACAAGACACAAGACAGCAGACAUAACAAAAGCAUUUUUCUAUUUGGUUAUCAUUUUAUUAAUACUCGUAACCUUUUCUCUUGAUUAUAUAGUGAUAUCGUUAGGAGACAACUGAUGUUGCUCACACAUGGGACUUUUAAGUCCCAGGUAGACAAAAAUUUAAGGGUUAACAUCGAUAAUGCCUUUGAUGCAGCCACCUUGUUAUUCACCCGAUUGCCACUUUCUGAAAUCCCAAAUUACAUGAAUCAUUGAAUGUACUCCCAGUUUGUAAAUUCGCCUUGUUAAUAAUUAUACUGUGCUUUAACAUAAAUUUGCAUUCUAAAGGCACUCAAGUUACAGAUGCUAAUGCUAAUAAACCUUGAGGAACAAUGAUUUUGGUUUUAUGUCAUGGUGUUGUUGCUAAAUUCACCAAUGUGGCAUUGUAGAUGAGAAAAGAAAGUGGUUAUGAAAUCCCACUCAACUCCGCUAAUGCAAUAGAAGAGGUUACAAGAAUGAAUAAAAUGAUCAACUAAAACCUAAAAGGAAAAUGUGAAAUCUUUUUUUCCCAUUCUCUUACUUCCACAAUGUGUGGAGGCCACUCUGGUUAAUAUGUAUGGGAUAUUAGCCUUAGGUGUUCUCUAUAUGCAAUUCAUGUUUAUGAUGUGAAAACAUAGCCAGUGGUCAAUCCAGGGGGAGGGUUAGAGGGGAUAACCACCCCUGAAUAUACAUGUAUUUACCAGACCUAUAGAUUUAUCUAUAGUAUUCAAUUUACUGUUUUGUGUUGUCUUGGUUUAAAAAGCCCUUGGAAGGAUGAGAUCACAUAAUUUUUUUCUUGCAGCUUUAGGAGUGUUGUGCAAGGAAACCACACUCUGUUCAGGGAAUACAGCUACAUUCGAAAGACACCUCACAACACAGCAUCUUUCAUCCGAGUGUUUUGGAAAUGUUUUAGACACAUAGGGAUGAAUGGAGGUACAGUACUUGUAACUUACAAGUAAGGGUCUUCACACCCAUGGAAAUAACUUGUUGUCUUGUUGUACUUAGGCUUAAUUUUGCCACUCCCUGAGCUGGGGUCUUUUUUCCUUCCAGAGAGAGAAACAAAGGGAUUAGUGUAAGCUCACUUUAAUUUGAACAGCAGCUGGUAAUCCAGUGUUAACUGUGUAUUAUUUGUAUGUUUUUUAAUUUUUUUUGUUUACACAUGUACAUUUAGGUAUAUUUAGUUGACACCACUGAUUAAUUUCUUUUUGUUCUUCAGAUUUACUAUGUGCAAAAGAAUACCAUUCACUUAUUUGUCUUCUUUGCCCUGACUUUCCUUUUGAACCUGUCCAAAAAACUGCCAGGUAAGUUCUCCUUGUUAGAAAUUAUCUCCUCUAUACAUACAUCACUGUUAUAAGGUUUUUUUCCUUUCCCCCAUCAACCAAAGAUGGUUUAUUUCACUCUGAUAAAGCAAUAAUUUGUUACGUCUUUUGCUUAAGUUAAUGGUGAUUUUUAUAAACCCACAGGAUUAUUUUGAUGGAGGAUGCUAUGGAUUGUCUAAUGUCUUUUCCAGAUUUCCUUUAUGCUUUCCAGACACAGUUCUUUUAUGACGGUGAGACAAAUGCAUUUUAUAUGAACUGAAAAUCUUUUAAACUCUAUUGGUGUUUGCAACGGAAGGUUACAAUCAGCAACAAAAUUGUUGCGACAAACAAGGUAACUUCAGAGAACAAUACAAACAAAACCACUCCCCCUUCCCCUCAAUUCAAAGUUGGGUGUUUGUUUUCUGCCAGUAGCUCGAAUAGCAUUACAACAUUAUGUAUCGGUCAAAUCGAAGCUUCAACAUGCCCCCCCCCCCCUGGCAUACCCCGGGCAUUUGACACCUUUGCUGUCCCAGGGGGGAGGAAAUUUGAUUAUCAGAGUUUUCCAGGGGGUGGGGAAUUUGAUCCCCAUGCUUUAGGGGUGGGGAAUUUGAACUGCACCCUCAAUUUCAUGUAAAAUCUUUGGCGUGGCGAGCUAUGGGAGCCCCGGUGUUAUCAGAUUUUCGUGGAAAAGAUUAAUUGUGCCAUUGUGGCCAAUUGGUUACGAGGAAAGGGCUUAAACAAGCUUUGUGGCGUAUUUGAAGUAUUUAAAUUUUAAAAUUUUUAAUUUUGGAUUCAGGCUUUGAAUGUAUGACCGUAUUUCUAUACCUCUACCGGCGAUUCAAUGCAACAACAUAAAAUAAAAUAAAAAGCUCAGUCAACUACUUUGACCUACUGCAAGUAAGUUAAUUAAUAAGGUGAGUGAUGAUGCAUGUCAUGAUGAUGAUGAUGUAGUAAUCUCAAUAGGUGGGAUCUUUUUUAGAGAACGCUUUGUAUGUUGCAUGACGAAGAAAAGUUGAGCAUUCAGUGACCUUGUAGCAGCGAUUUCCGCCGCUUUGCACGAGACUUUUGUCCGUAGUAAAUCGCCGUCCUUCUGUCAUUUUUGUGCCUGUGAAAUGUCCCUAGGGUGGGGGCAUUUGAUCACCUGAAUGGACCCCAGUGUGGGGCAUUUGAACGGCAUUUUGGCCCGGGUAGGGGGGAAUUUGAACAAUAAUUUUCAAAAAAGUCAAAUGCCCGGGGGGUUGCCCGGGGGGGGGGCAUGUUGAAGCUUCGAUUUGACCGUUACAUUACAUGGAUGGGAUGGGGGGUGAGGGGGGGACAGGAAAUCUUCAUUUUCCCCUUUUGAAGUCAGUAAAACGUCAGAAAAACGCUUAAUGGCAAAGUGUCUCAACUAAUGUGGUCGCCAAUUGUUGGUCUAAGAUUUCUGUGUUUAACAGAAUAAGUAGGGACCUUAUGAAACUAUGAUAAGUACCAGCAAUGCAAAAAUCAAAUAAACAGGGGGAAAUGCAAAGAUUAGGAAAACUAUGUUGCACAGCAAACCAACUUUAAACCCUCAGUGAGCAUCCAGGAGAACAGGUUUAAGGCAACUGAAUUCUGAAUAAAAGCCUGAUAAGGUACAAUUUUGAAUUGAGUAUUUAAUACUAAAAUGCAUGUAAUUUAUGAACAACAACAACAACAAGAAUUGAUUUCCUGUAAACUAAAGUAUAAUGACUUAUAAAAUUUACGUAAUUAAAGCGAUUUCUAAAGUAAAACAAGAAAAGAAUUCAGGUUAAUCAAGUUAGGUUAAGCUGGUGAUACUGGAUACAUACAAAACAAAGAAUGAAUAAAUAAAUUAGAAAGAAAGAAAAAGUUAAAGGUUAAGUGAACCAAAAUUUCGACCUUUUUUAUUUUAGUUCAAUUCUAGUGAAAUGUGUUUAAUAUGAACCAAAUAAACAUACUAUGAAGUUUCAGCUCAAUUGAAGCAAGUAUCUCUGAGAUAUUCGCAAUUAAAAAUUGCUGUUUUCUGGCCCUUAUCUUCGUAGAGCGGUCGGAAAAAUUGUUGGAAAAAACAGCUUGUGACGUCACUGUUGGUCAGGUGAAAAAGAGCGGGAAAUUCAAAACAGAGUUUUUCAAGUCGACUUGGCACACAAGUGGUUUGUGCGGUCAUAAACCUGGAAAGACAGGCAAUUUGUCUUCAAAAGUUGCAAGCUGUGGUUAUAACCUUCUUAUUAUUUAAUUUUCUUGAAGAAUACAACGGACUUUAACUACAUUUACUAACUUCCUUGAGUUGUCCUGGAAAUGUGCGCGCGUAAGUCCGAUUUUUUUCAAGAUGCAUUCACAAAAUGUGUUCAUAUAAGGAAGUUCCUGGAUAUAUAAGGUCCCGAGCUCCACCGUGGACACAAAAACAAAAUAUCUUUGUAUAAUAAUCUGCCCAAAGAAAUUCAAGUUUGCCCACAAUGUGUUUGAAGUCACUGAACUUUGUCGCACUCAGCGAGCUUAUAUUUUAAAACCCACGCUCGAUCGGACACUUCUAGUGUCGCAGAUCACUAAAAUAUAAACAAAAUCCUCAAUGUAGAAGAUUUGGCGUUGAUAUGUGGGCAGAAAAAGAGUUCAUCUAGUAAAUCUUCCCCAAGAUCGGUUUCAAAUCAACUAUAGUUUUUUAAACUUGAUCGUUUCGCGCAGAUUAAUUUUGCUUUGUGUUGUCAAGUUGAACAUGCAUAACACCGUCAAAAACCUACGCAUCAGUAAGAUUUCCUUCAAACAAAGUUAAAGUCAUAUUAUUGCAAAAACUUCUUUCCAAUUAUGUAUAAGUUUUAAUUACCGAUUGAGGUCAUUUUAACCCAUUCGCUCCUGAAGAUUUUGCCGAAAAAUGCGUUUUGAAGCUAGUCGAGUGGUUUUCUGGUCACUGUUGUGCUAUAAAGGGGUAAAACUUACCACAAACCGGUUUACAGGUCGUACACUUGGCGGCCUUCUGAUCCAGAUGCAAAACAUCAGCUUGCAAAGUUCGGGCAUGCACAGAAAGCAAAAUUUCGACAUAGUUUUUGGGUUUAAAAGUGACACAGCAGUCUUGACUUUUACUUUUCGCUUUUUCUCCUCCCUUCUUUUUUCGCUUUUCUUGCCUCUUUUUUUUUUUUUUCUCUUGCUGGGCAUUUAGUACGCUUGAUUUUGGUGGGAAGAGUUUUUAGGAAAGCUUUUAGGAUCUUAGGAUUAGGUGAAAGGAAAGGUAGGUGGGUAAUGGAACAAGAUUUUCAUGGAGAUUUUCAGGUCCUUGUCACGUGGUUUNUUUUCAGGUCAAUGUCAUGUGGUUUUUUGCUUCUUUCUCCGGUGUCCUUGACUAAAUUGUGGUCAUUCUGGUAUGGUUUGAAAGAUCUCUUCACUCUACACAAGUUAGCGAAGAAAGUUGUCCUUGACCGUUAAAACUGAUGACGUCACAAAGGGUAGAAAGGACCUGGAUUUGCACGGGUGGUUACGGGCGGUUCAGGGGCGAAUGGGUUAAGGACCAUAGAUGCCACUGGCAAAGAGAUGCGACAAGCAAAGAACAAUUUCAUCAUGCAUAAAAUUCAGCUUAAGUGAACUAAAAAAAGCUUCAAUAAGGUUGCAAAACAACAAAUUUUCAUUAAAAACAUAAGGUUUAAGGCUCUUACACCUGCUGACAAAGAGGAAAUGAAUUUUCUGCACAGAAACAACCUACCUAAAGAUCUUUAAGCAAAAGAUCGGUUGCAACCUUCGCAGCCAAGCCAUGAUUCCGACUACUUAGCUAGAUUAGCUACUUUUAAUAACUGGUCCAUGCGAGGGUCUUCAUUCAAGCAAAUUAAACUCAGCAAACUGAAUCAUUGGAAAAUACAGAAAACUGCACACAAGGAUUUGUUUUGCUCGCUUCAGUUAAAUCCAGCUCCAGCAAUUGUUUACGGGCAAAGAGUCGAUUGUUUUGGAGUCACUGCCGGCAGUUGUCAUUCUCCGCUACUUCACAGCGAGUGAAAGGAAAAUUUGCGUACAGAAAGAUAACAAAACUAUGUAAUUAAACUGAAAAAACUAAAGGAAAAAAGCUCUGACUAUUAUUACGUGAGCAACAGAAAAAUGAGCGAAGUAGUCUUUUCUUCUCGAGUAAGCUUGCUGGCCUUCUAAAGUUCUGAGAAAGCUUUUAAAACUUAAAAGCUUAAAAGCGCACAAGGUUGUUCACUUGCAUGCGUUAGGCGUUAUGGUUCUUUGACUGAAGACAAGGAUAACGCGGGUUCUGCAAAGGUAAAUAAAUCUGGGCAUGUAAAAAAAAGUAACCAUAACUAUUAAUAACAGAAUACAAGCAGGUUUUAAUUCAACCCUGGACACAAAAUCAACUCACAAAUCGAAUGCACAAUUAUCAGAAAAAUACAAACCUGUUUGGAAAUGUUCAAAACAUUUUAUUCCACCUCAGACUGACGGAAUGAUCUGUUUUUACUCUAGCAUUGGUUGUUCUGAAUCCAAAGUUAUUUUCAAGUGACGAAAAAACAACAACAACAAAAACAAAAAAAAAGCCUUUACAAGGAGCAAACCUUCGCACCUCGUGUAUUUCAUUCAUAGUCUAUCAGUCUCAGUCAGAACUCUCACGGAACGAGACAAACAAACGCAGGUGAUAAGGGAUGCGCAGAAUGUUUUUCCGCCCUGAAUGACCAACGUUGACGUCACGUAGUCUCCAGUCUAUCACGCGGCCAUUUCAGAAACGUUUUGGUGAAGUCUUCGGAAAUGCUUGGGUUUUGAUCUUUUAUCUUUCUAUAAAGGCUUGAGAAGAAAAAUCUUUACUCAAAUCUCACUUAGGAUGGUUCUUUUUAGUGUUUGGUGAAGGUAAAGCAGCAAAAGAAAAUAUGUCAAUUUUUUGGUUCAUUUGACCUUUAAAGUAAAAAGUAAUGAAAUAUGAAAACUAUCUAGGGCGGCAUAACCUUUCUUUAAGCAGUUAGUGUAGAGUGAUUUUUUUUGCCUGAAUUAAAAGUUCUUCCCUGUUCCAUUUCAUGAAAAUACAAAUGUAGCUAGGACAGGAUAUAGUAAUGUUAUCAGUCAUAGUGCGAGGUUAUGAUUGACAUGUCAAUGACACGCACUUAACUACUACCUAAAUACUCUGUGCAUUGACCAUUUAAGCGCAACUUAUUUACAUGGAUUCCAUCAUCAUUCUCAUAGAGUUUAUAGAGAAGCUGCAUGGAGCCUACCAAGCAUUGUUAUCAGGUACCUACAGACCAGGUCAGAUUGUGGUAGCAGUACCAACACUGUCCACGCCAGCGCAACACAAGUCACAACAGUCUCAAAGUGCUGGGCUUGAAACAUCCCAGGUUAAUGCUGGGGAUGGUGUAGACGUCCAUUCCUUCUUGGAGGCUGCACUACAAAUCAUUCAUACCAGUAAUGGUACUUUCAGGUACAUACUUUACUUUUUGUGUUUUAAACUUGUAAUAACAGAAUGAGCCAAAGUGAAAUCAGGAGAUAAAAAUCAAAAUUUCAUUUUGUCAAAUACUGAGAAACAAAAAUGGUACCAUGCAAAUUUGCUUCCAUCCUGGAGGCUGCUCUACAAAUCAUUCGUACCAGUAAUGGUUCUUUCAGGCACAUACUUUACUUUUCUUCUUUUAACCUUUUUACUCACAGAAAGACCCAAAGUGAAAAGUAGAGAAAAAAUUCCAAAUUUUUCAUUUUGUAAUAAGUAAUACUGACAAACAAAAAAGGUUACCAUACAAACGUGCUCUCGAGAAGGGUAUGUUAAAUUGAUUGCACUGUAGGAUUUGGUCCACAGAUCCAAAGUGAGACCUACAUGUAGAUUGUCUCCACUGUGCUUGCAGGGGCAUUUUGCCAAAUUCCGAAUGGUUGAUUAAAGCUGAAUGACUCUGAAGAUGGUGAUUAGGGUUUUAAUGCUAGAUGUCUCCAUUGCACAGACACAAGCGAGAAUCCAGUGGCUGACUGAUCUUAAAAUACAGCUAGAACUACAUGUACAUGUACUUUGUGAUGACAGUGGUUUAUUAUGAUUAUUAUUUAUGUCAGAACUUUUAGCAGGGAGCAAAAACUUGUAUCAUCUAAAAUGUGAUAUUGGUUGAUAUCAGUCAUUUUGUAAAGGACAUUGAAGAUAAAAAGUGAAACUGAAAAUGACAUGGCAGGGCAAUGCAAUUUGAAAGCUGUCAAAACAUGAACUGUAUAGCUGUGAGAACUCCACCUUUCAGAUAAUUUUUCAUUAAAAGACGAGGGUGUUAGCCAUUAAAAGCUUUACCUUCCUAUUUGCAGCUGCCCUCCUGUUGAUGUAAUCAAAGAUCUCCUAUCAUCUGUCGAGAGAGUGACUUUUUAUGGAUUCCUCAUUGGCCUUGCCAAACAUGCUGGAGUCAAUGAAAGCAUAGGUAGAGUUGAUACACUUUAGUUGGACUGACACAUUUUGAGAUUGCUUAUUGGUCCCAUUGGAUGCCUUUUUUUAACAUUAUAUAAUAAAUUAAUUUUGUUUGACUUCUUCUCUGAUAACAGCAACCUUGCCUGACAAAUCUGCCAUCAUGGAGGAGACUGAUCAAGAGCUUAGCAGGUUUGUAGUAAACGUAAUUUAAAUAAAAUUAAAGGAUCUGUCCACAGUUGUUCAAAUGUUGGAUAGUGCAAGGUUGUCAAAAGUAGCCGGCUGCCAGUGAAAAUCACCUCCUACUUGGUUAGUAACAGCCAGCUACUCUGCUUGGCAUUUCUUUACAGAUGGCAUCUUUUAAAAUAUCCCUGGACUGGCUGCUUACCUUGACAACUCAGACGUCUACUCUGAGUGCUAUCCACAGGAUAAAUCACUAUGUAGUGGAUAAGUAUUAAUUUAUGAGGAAAACCGAUUGCGCCCUCCACUGGAAAAAGAUUUAUCCAUUAAAUAGCGUUGUCCACCUUUUGAACAACUGGUGGCUGCAUAAAUUUUACCCCUGGGAAGUAUCAACCUUGUUCCCAGGGGAGAAAACCAGGGAAUGAGGUUUGGGCAGUAUUUGUAACACAAAGGCCUAGGAUCAUAGGUUCCACUCCAGUUGGGAGUACUCAGAUUAUUUUCUUCUGAGCCAUCUGUAUCACUGAUUGAAAAAACAUCUUUCUCAACACCAGCUAGUUCCCACAGCUGCACUAGAACGUGCCACUGCCACAUUGUCAGUCCAGUUCUAUGAAAAAUAGAAUCUUCUGUGCCCCCCUCACAAGUUUGCACACUUUGUUAGUUGCUGGUCUUCUUAUUUGCAGAUCUAGUUAAGGCCUCACUUCGAUGUGAGUAGCCCAGCUUUGAAAAAAUGCCAAUUGCAGAGUGCAAAGAAAGUCAGUUUUUACAGCUUGCCAUGCAGGGAGGCUGUAGUUGGAAAGUACUAGCCCAGAAGUCAUUUUGAUGAACAGGAUUGAUAAUAUUUCUUCUGUAAUUUCAAUACCCCAAAAAACUUCACUUGCUGAUCGGGUAAGAUAAGAGCAGAAUUCACUUGCCUGAUAGCAAAAUCCACUAUCCCCAGGAUAUCGGACAGUACUUUCUUUGCAUGCUGCAAUUGAUGUAUUGGACUGAAAAAACAAAAACAUGAUAGUAAUAAUAAAUUUGAGGCCCUUUUCUCCGCUAUUAACAUUCAGUAUUUUUUUGUGUGAAAAAUUCCUCAAUUGCAGCCUUAGAAAUAAUUAUUCUAGUGAGAUAAUGAGUGACUGAAAUUACCAACUAAUCAAUUAUUGCACAAUGCUUGCCAUAACAGUCAGUCAGUCUCUUGUUUUCAUUUCUUUCACUUGACUGUUUUCGUUUUAUUUGCAGUCCAGCACCCAGGCCCAAGUCAGGCAGAUCUAAAAGUGCAAUGUCUAAUUCAGCCAAGAAAGCUCUUUAAACUAGGACGUGCAUGGGGUUAUAUCUCACCUUAAUACACAGGUAGAAUCUAAGUAGAUAAUGAUGUUCACUGUUGGAGUUACUAGGCUAGCAGUUCUCCAAACAAUGAUUACAUUGUAUUAACUUUUAAGAGUUCUUGCCUAGAAUAAGCUCCACAUUUCGGAGCAAAAACAUUUGAGCAUCACCUCCCCUGCACCACUGCAACGUUUAUUGAUUUUUUAUGAGUUUUUGAAAUAUUGUUGAUGCAGGUUUUUAAUGCUGCUGUUGUUUUUAAUGAGGAAGGGGGCACAUCUUUUGUUCUAUGUAAGCUAUUUUUGCCCUCUGUAAAUAACGACAGUUUAGAGGAAGUAAUACCUGCUACCGUUCUUGCAAAUAGAACGUUUCAAAUAAGCGCCGCUGUCAAAUAAGCGUUCUCCAACAAGUCAACCGUUGCCAAGUUCUACAUCAAAAAUUGAGUCCAUUGCCAAUUUAAUGUUAUUAUGUAAAGAAGGUCCCAGGAUUCUCAGUCGUCCCUAGGGACGAGUAGGAA